GGAAACGGAAGUGCCUAAACAUCGUGCUGUUGUUGGAUGUUUACGGUCAGAAAUCACAUUCGAUUGACUUUUGUUUUGUUUUUGGGUUAUCAUGGAUAUGCUCAAGGCGGAGAUCGCAAGGAAAAGGCAGCUUAUAGAGGAUACAGAUCUGGUAGAUAACACAAAGAAAUACUUUAAACGGGCUGAUUUGGCUCGUAAAGAAGAGGAGGAUUAUUUCAAAAGAUGCGGAUACAAGCUGGACAUGCAAGAGGAGGAGGAGCUUCCGUCUACAUCAUCCAAUCCCAUGUUAGAACUGGAGCUCACAGAGGAGAAGCUUCCAAUGACGCUCUCUCGACAGGAGGUCAUCAGGCGUCUGAGAGAACGUGGCGAGCCGAUCCUUCUGUUUGGCGAAUCGGAUUAUGAUGCUUUUCAGAGAAAUCGCAUGAUUGAAUUUCUAGCACCGGAAGUGAACAAGGGUUUGAGGAACGAUUUGAAGACCGCCAUGGACAAGAUCGAUCUGAAGUAUUUGAAUGAGAUUGUGGGAGGAGAUGGUUCAGAGCGGGACACACAACAUGAUCUCAAAGUACAUGAAGAAAACACCACCAUUGAGGAGCUGGAGGCUCUGGGAGCGUCUCUUGGCACAGUUGAUGAUGUCAGAGACAUGGACAUCAUAAUCAAAGUACUAAGGUUUUUGCUGGGCGUGUGGGCCAAAGAUCUCAACAGCAGAGAGGACCAUGUCAAACGUAGCGUGAAGGGCAAAGUCGCCAGCGCCACCCAAAAACAGACCGAAUCUUACCUGAAACCUCUUUUCAGAAAACUACGCAAUAAGAAUUUGCCAGGAGACAUUAAGGAGUCCAUCACAGACAUCAUAAAGUUCAUGCUGGAGAAGGAGUAUGUAAAGGCAAAUGACGCCUAUCUGCAGAUGGCUAUAGGGAACGCUCCCUGGCCCAUCGGCGUGACCAUGGUGGGCAUCCACGCUCGUACUGGCCGCGAGAAGAUCUACUCCAAACACGUAGCCCACGUGCUCAACGACGAGACCCAGAGGAAAUACAUCCAGGGUCUGAAGAGGUUAAUGACGAUCUGCCAGAAACAUUUCACAACGGAUCCCUCGAAGUGCGUGGAGUACAACGCUCUGACAAACACCUGACCGCGUUCAAAACGAUGCAUCUCAUGUUGUAAAUAACCUAUUGACUGUAAAUGCACCCCUGUUUUUAGAACAUUUGCGAUCUUUUAAAUAAAGGCUUUUGUUAUCGUAUGCUACAGACUGUGUAUGCACUGGUGUCAGUUACUGAGCCGAGCGCUAAUAAAAAUGUUUCACCGUUUACGUUUCUCACU